CGUUAUCAGGUGGAGACGGUGUCGUGUUUCAGACUGGACCAGUUUGAGUCCCUCCUGCUACCAGAAAAUAACAGACCUCUAGACCCCACCGUUCUCACGGUGCUCAAAGAACUGUUCACACGCUCCAACGCCAUGACAACCGCUCUGCACAUUCUCAGUGUCGACUGCCAGGUGGCUCGUAUCGUGGGUGUGACAGAGGACCAGAAGAGGAUGAUGGGAGUUGGCUCAGGUCUGGAGCUGGUCACCCUGUCUCACGGACAACAACUCAGACAGGACCUGCUGGAGAGGCACCACCUGCUAGCCCUGGGCGUUGCCAUAGAUAUCCUGGGCUGUACAGGGACGGUAGGUCAGAGGGCCACGGUGCUGCAUAAAGUCAUCCUAUUGGCCCAGGCCCUGAGAGACCACGCCCACAACCUCUACGCAUUCUCAGCCGUCAUGAAGGCUCUGGAGAUGCCUCAGGUAGUCCGUCUGGAGAGGACAUGGAGGGCACUGAGGAGGAACCACACAGAGAGCGCUGUGAUGUUUGAGAAGACCCUCAAACCCUUCAUGAUCGCUCUGAAUGACGGAGAUGGUGAGGAAGACUCUGUGGUGCUGGGUCCCCUGGCUGUGCCCUACCUGGUUCCCCUGCUGAGGCUGAUGGAGGGAGAGGAGGGAGAACACACAGAGAGAGGCUGCCAGUUGUUAUACAACACCCUGCAGGCGGCACGCAACGCAGCGCUACACGCCCCACAGUACCAGGAGCACGCACACAGCCUGCUCACAGGUAGCACACAGCCUGCUCACAGGUAGCACACAGCCUGCUCACAGGUAGCACACAGCCUGCUCACAGGUAACACACAGCCUGCUCACAGGUAGCACACAGCCUGCUCACAGGUAACACACAGCCUGCUCACAGGUAGCACACAGCCUGCUCACAGGUAGCACACAGCCUGCUCACAGGUAGCACACAGCCUGCUCACAGGUAGCACACAGCCUGCUCACAGGUAACACACAGCCUGCUCACAGGUAACACACAGCCUGCUCACAGGUAGCACACAGCCUGCUCACAGGUAGCACACAGCCUGCUCACAGGUAGCACACAGCCUGCUCACAGGUAGCACACAGCCUGCUCACAGGUAGCACACAGCCUGCUCACAGGUAACACACAGCCUGCUCACAGGUAACACACAGCCUGCUCACAGGUAGCACACAGCCUGCUCACAGGUAUUACACAGCCUGCUCACAGGUAGCACACAGCCUGCUCACAGGUAGCACACAGCCUGCUCACAGGUAGCACACAGCCUGCUCACAGGUAACACACAGCCUGCUCACAGGUAACACACAGACAGCCUGCUCACAGGUAGCACACAGCCUGCUCACAGGUAACACACAGCCUGCUCACAGGUAGCACACAGCCUGCUCACAGGUAACACACAGCCUGCUCACAGGUAGCACACAGCCUGCUCACAGGUAGCACACAGCCUGCUCACAGGUAGCACACAGCCUGCUCACAGGUAACACACAGCCUGCUCACAGGUAACACACAGACAGCCUGCUCACAGGUAGCACACAGCCUGCUCACAGGUAACACACAGCCUGCUCACAGGUAACACACAGCCUGCUCACAGGUAGCACACAGCCUGCUCACAGGUAACACACAGCCUGCUCACAGGUAACACACAGCCUUCUCACAGGUAGCACACAGCCUGCUCACAGGUAGCACACAGCCUGCUCACAGGUAGCACACAGCCUGCUCACAGGUAACACACAGCCUGCUCACAGGUAGCACACAGCCUGCUCACAGGUAACACACAGCCUGCUCACAGGUAGCACACAGCCUGCUCACAGGUAGCACACAGCCUGCUCACAGGUAGCACACAGCCUGCUCACAGGUAACACACAGCCUGCUCACAGGUAACACACAGACAGCCUGCUCACAGGUAGCACACAGCCUGCUCACAGGUAACACACAGCCUGCUCACAGGUAACACACAGCCUGCUCACAGGUAGCACACAGCCUGCUCACAGGUAACACACAGCCUGCUCACAGGUAACACACAGCCUGCUCACAGGUAACACACAGCCUGCUCACAGGUAGCACACAGCCUGCUCACAGGUAACACACAGCCUGCUCACAGGUAGCACACAGCCUGCUCACAGGUAACACACAGCCUGCUCACAGGUAGCACACAGCCUGCUCACAGGUAACACACAGCCUGCUCACAGGUAGCACACAGCCUGCUCACAGGUAACACACAGCCUGCUCACAGGUAGCACACAGCCUGCUCACAGGUAGCACACAGCCUGCUCACAGGUAACACACAGCCUGCUCACAGGUAACACACAGCCUGCUCACAGGUAGCACACAGCCUGCUCACAGGUAACACACACAGCCUGCUCACAGGUAACACACAGCCUGCUCACAGGUAGCACACAGCCUGCUCACAGGUAACACACAGCCUGCUCACAGGUAACACACAGCCUGCUCACAGGUAACACACAGCCUGCUCACAGGUAACACACAGCCUGCUCACAGGUAACACACAGCCUGCUCACAGGUAGCACACAGCCUGCUCACAGGUAACACACAGCCUGCUCACAGGUAACACACAGCCUGCUCACAGGUAACACACAGCCUGCUCACAGGUAGCACACAGCCUGCUCACAGGUAUCACACAGCCUGCUCACAGGUAACACACACAGCCUGCUCACAGGUAACACACAGCCUGCUCACAGGUAACACACAGCCUGCUCACAGGUAACACACACAGCCUGCUCACAGGUAACACACACAGCCUGCUCACAGGUAACACACAGCCUGCUCACAGGUAGCACACAGCCUGCUCACAGGUAACACACAGCCUGCUCACAGGUAACACACAGCCUGCUCACAGGUAACACACACAGCCUGCUCACAGGUAACACACACAGCCUGCUCACAGGUAACACACACACAGCCUGCUCACAGGUAACACACACACAGCCUGCUCACAGGUAACACACACAGCCUGCUCACAGGUAACACACACAGCCUGCUCACAGGUAACACACAGCCUGCUCACAGGUAACACACACAGCCUGCUCACAGGUAGCACACAGCCUGCUCACAGGUAACACACAGCCUGCUCACAGGUAACACACACAGCCUGCUCACAGGUAACACACACAGCCUGCUCACAGGUAACACACACAGCCUGCUCACAGGUAGCACACAGCCUGCUCACAGGUAACACACACAGCCUGCUCACAGGUAACACACACAGCCUGCUCACAGGUAACACACAGCCUGCUCACAGGUAACACACACAGCCUGCUCACAGGUAGCACACAGCCUGCUCACAGGUAACACACACAGCCUGCUCACAGGUAGCACACAGCCUGCUCACAGGUAGCACACAGCCUGCUCACAGGUAACACACAGCCUGCUCACAGGUAACACACACACAGCCUGCUCACAGGUAACACACACACACAGCCUGCUCACAGGUAAAACACACACAGCCUGCUCACAGGUAGCACACUCAGCCUGCUCACAGGUAGCACACAGCCUGCUCACAGUUAACACACAGCCUGCUCACAGGUAACACACACAGCCUGCUCACAGGUAACACACACAGCCUGCUCACAGGUAACACACAGCCUGCUCACAGGUAACACACUCAGCAUGCUCACAGGUAACACACUCAGCCUGCUCACAGGUAACACACUCAGCCUGCUCACAGGUAACACACUCAGCCUGCUCACAGGUAACACACACAGCCUGUUCACAGGUAACAUACACAGCCUGCUCACAGGUAACACACACAGCCUGCUCACAGGUAGCACACAGCCUGCUCACAGGUAACACACUCAGCCUGCUCACAGGUAACACACAGCCUGCUCACAGGUAACACACUUAGCCUGCUCACAGGUAACACACUCAGCCUGCUCACAGGUAACACACACAGCCUGUUCACAGGUAACAUACACAGCCUGCUCACAGGUAACACACACAGCCUGCUCACAGGUAGCACACAGCCUGCUCACAGGUAACACACUCAGCCUGCUCACAGGUAACACACAGCCUGCUCACAGGUAACACACUUAGCCUGCUCACAGGUAACACACUCAGCCUGCUCACAGGUAACACACACAUGGAAAACACACAUUAUAAAACACAAACACAUUGUAAAAACACACACAUUAUGGAAAAAACACACACACACGUAUAGAAAACACACAGGCACACAUCCAGUUCACCAAAUCAAAUCACAUUAGUCCUGCCUCAUAACCAUUCCCGAGUCACUGAUUGGCCGUGGGCCCUGUCACUCUGUCCCGUCAGGUGACUGGGAGCCAAUCCCAGAGCUGCUGGAGGGGUUCAGGACAGAGUUUGCCCUGAGGCUGUUCUGGGGUCAGACUGGAGCGGCGGCAGACAAGGAGAAACGCUACGACAAGUUUGACAAGAUCCUCACCGUGCUCUCCAACAAACUGGAACCUACCGAGGAGUUCUCCCCGGAACUCUGACCCUUUAAACUCUAUACUGUGACCCGGGCUGCAUUCAGGAGGGCGCAACGUUGCACAACAGCUGGAAAUCUGUAACCCGUUUUUACCUGGAUCAUUAUUCAUUAGAAGCUUUUUGUAGCAAAAUAAAAAGAAUAAUAAAAAAAAGAGUUUGUUACUUGAUAAGA